UAUGUUUUAGUCACAAGUAAAAAUAAUAAUAAUAGAAUGGAUUUUGAAAAUUUACAAAUUGAAGUACCAAACAUUUCUUGUGAUGAACUUCCGCAAAAUUAUGGUGUAAAAGUAUAUGAGAAGAAAUACCAUAAUAAGGCAAGUUUUGUGAUUGGCUUCGACCCAAAUUCUGAGGAAGCAGAAAAUCAACGAAAGAAAAGAGAGCAACGCUUUGGAACAAAGUAUUUAGAUUCCAACUUACAGAGUAUAAACUUACAGAAUAAGAAACUUACAUUAAACAAAUUAGGAACAUUUGAUGAGAUAAACUUGGAAAAUAUUUUGUGGCCAAGUGUUCCUAAAGAUAUUAAUAAUGAAAUUCGACAAGAUGCUAUUCUUUUGUAUGGUGUAAACAAUAUGAGUACAAAAGAUGUUUUUAAUUAUUUCCAUCUUUAUGGACCAGAGAAUCUUGAGUGGAUUGAUGAUUUUUCAUGCAAUGUUGUGUGGGAAAAUGAGAGCUUAGUUGUAAAAGCUAUUGAAUCUAUGAGUAAAACUUACAUUAUGUUAAGACAGUUAAAGAAGAUUGCAGGAGUGCAGAAUGAGCAAGUUGUAAUUAAAGAGGAACCAAAUGAUGAAAUCUUUAAAGAUGCAGUUCUUGUUGAUGAUGAUGAGUAUGAUCCUAAAGAUGUGUGGCGAAUUGCUCGACCUUAUGGUGGUGACCAGCUUUUUAUGAGAUAUGCUACAAUAAGGGACAAGAAACUCCCUCGAGCAGCAGAGCGAAGUGAAUACUACUUAAAAUACGGUAGAAACAGUUUUACAAAAAAGUCAGGUCUUGGAAUUUUGUCAAAGUCAAGGAAAAGAAAAUUAGAAAGUAUGAAGGCACUUGCAGAACAAAGAUUCAAAGAUAAUACUCCUGAUGUCAAGAUAAUUGAUUUAGCUGACCUAAAACAAGAAGGUAUUGUGGAAAAAAUUGAAACAGAUUAUAUUGAACCAGUUGUAAAACGCCUUAAUUACCAUAGUAAAGAGGAUUCAAAUAACACAAAUUCAUCUAUGGUUGCUGACUUAGUUGAAAUAGAAAGUAGGGGUGGUAAAAAAUUAAACUCGGUAAAAGAUCGGUUAGGUCAACCAAUCUCUGAAAAUUCUUCACAAAAAUCAUCAAUUGGUCACCAAAAAAAACAUAUUUAUGAGCGUUUGGGAAAUAGAAAUAGCUAUGCUGAAAAAGAUGCAAGACAUGACAUUAAUUUUUCGCGUCGAAAAAGAGGUGAUAUAGCAGGCAAUGACAGUGAUGAUGAUGAACAAUCGCGUUUUGACUCAAAUGAGGAUUAUGAAGAAGAUAACAUAAGAAAUAAAGAUAAACACUUUGAAAUGAGGACUUCACAGAAACCAGAUAAUAGAAAUAGACUUAACCCAAAUAAUAUAACUGAUUUAAGAAAUAAAAUUAAAAAGAGUUCAAAACUUCCAUCACAUAAGGAGCAAGAUGAUGAGAAAUUAAAUUUAUUUAUUGUAAUUAAACAGGAACCAGAAGACACAGAAAUGGAAUUUGAGUUUUAAAGUAUCCGCUUUACAGUUUGUUAUAAAUUUUAACUGUGUUAAAGUAUAUAGCAUUUUUUAUACAUUUGAAAAACUCUA